AUGAGAUUAUUAUUUACGGCCAUCUUCGCGCACCUGGUAGCUACCUGCGCCGCUGCAGGUCGCGGGUUCGAGUUCACGACCAUUGAUUAUGUGGGACUGUCUUGCAAAAUGGCACUUUCAUCCACAGCUCUAUUUUGUAAAAAAGACACCGCCAAGUCUUACGACUGCUAUUGUGACAAUAGUAAUGCCAUUGGCUCCUUCUUCUACUGUGGUCAUGAGCAUUUAGAAUCGAAUAAAGACAUUGAAGGUUUAGAGGAUUUUUUUCAAAGUCAUUGCCCCAAUACUACUGUUGAGGAUAUGAGAAGCGCCUACAAAAAUGCUUCCAACCAUAUGGUAAACACUACCCAACUCAGCGACUUCAAUGCUUCUAAACCCGUUGAUUUUCCAGUUUACGUAAGCCCCUCACUUUAUGACUUGUCGUACCGCUCUUACAGUGCCAAAUACACAAAUUACGAUCACGGUUACAGAUGGGGAGCAGCUCUUGUGGGCUAUUGGGGUAUCAUUAUUCUUGGCGGCAUGAUUUCGUCCUUCUCACAUAGACUGGCACCCACAUUAACAAUUUCCAUGAACAAGCAGGCUUCCCAACUCUGGCCCGUGCGGUGGUACAGAAAGUACAUUUCUUUACCUGCUGCUUUUAAUGGCCGUCACACUAACCGCAUGUUUUUCGAGGGCUUGCUACCGACUCGUUUGGAAUCUCUCAUCAUCUUUGGUUUCUGCACACUGUGUAUUAUCUUUCACUCCGUGGGUUACCAACACGUCGAAAACAAUGUACUCUACGCGACCAAAAUGAUGGAAGUUUCACGACUAGUAGCUGACAGAGCUGCAAUGCUUUGUAUGUUUUUAAUGACAAUAACUUACCUCUUUGCGGGACGUAAUCAAAUUUUUAUCUGGUUGACAGGCUGGAAGCAGGCUACAUUUGUCACAUACCACAAGUGGGCAGGACGCAUGCUCUUUGCAAGUGUUUUAACCCACACCAUUUCCAUGUUGAUAACCACAUUGGCCAAAGAAGGGAUGUAUCAAAAAAGAGUACUCACUGGCUGGUGGCGGUACGGUGCUGUUGCAGUAGUUGCUGGCGGGAUCAUAAUGAUCCAAGCCUUCAGCUGGCUUCGUGCCAAGAAUUAUGAGCUCUUCUUGUACGUUCAUAUUGGCAUGGCAUUGUGUUUUCUAAUCGGAGCCUGGAGGCACAUCGAAGAGUUUGAUUAUGGUGAAUGGGCCUACGCAACUGCUGCAUUUUGGUGCUUCGACAGAUUUAUCAGGUUGGUGCGCAUCUUUUCCUUUGGUGUGAAAACUGCCCGGGUCAGUAUUGUCUCGAAUGAAACUUUGCAGAUCACGGUUCCGAGAGGUUCUUGGUGGCCAUUUUUCCCAGGUGCAUUCGGCUAUUUGCAUAUUUUGAAGACCUCAGUAUUUUGGCAGUCACAUCCAUUUACAGUGGUCAAGACCGACAAUGAUGAGCUUCGCUUUUAUGUAAAGAUCAAGAGAGGUGUCACCGAAACUUUGUACAAAGAACUUCUGAACAAACCAGAAUACACCGGGGAAGUGAAAAUUGCUGUAGAGGGGCCAUAUGGCGAUAAGAAGCCUGUUAAUUCAUACGAUCAAGUUCUGCUAUACACUGGUGGUAACGGAAUCCCUGGUCCAUUUGCAUAUGCUAAAGAGCUCGGCGAAACCAGCAAGGAGGGAAAUACUAAAUUUGUGAAGCUUUACUGGGUCAUUAGACAUUGGCACUCUAUGGACUGGUUCCUGGAAGAGUUGCAGCUUUUACAAAGAUAUGCAAAUAUUCAAACAGUCAUAUUCGUAACCAGAGCCCACGAGGGCCUGUUUGGUGAUAAGCUAGCGGCGCAUUUGGAUUCCUCUAGUGAUACACCUUCAGCUCACUCAGAGAAAGUCUCAAGGGAUGGCACCACCACCUCAACAGCACAUAUCGAAUUAGUACAAAGAGUUCUUCCUCAUAUCGAGUUCCGCGAAGGCAGACCCAACGUUGAGGAGCUUGUAACUAACGACAUUGAUGAGUGCCCAAACCAAAAUGUCGCAGUUGUCACAUGUGCUCAUGGCCAAAUGUGUGACGAGAUAAGACGCACCGUUGCAGACAAAGUUGGCAAACACCAGACAAGCAGGAUCGACUUGUUCGAGGAAUUACAGACAUGGUAA